CCAUCACUAGGCGCGACUGUGUAUUCUCAGUGUGUAAGGUUUAGUGCUAUAGAACAAUGAAACAUUUUGUUUUUUUGAAUUUAAUGUGAAAUUAAUUUUGAUUUAUUUUUGUUUAUUUCUAAUUCUCAAUUUAUGUGAAUUAAACAUCUUCACCUUGUAACGCAUCUUCAUCUGUACCUGAUUUUAUUGUUAUAUUGCCUUCGCUCUCUCCCUCUCUUUUUUUCUCUCUCUCUCUAUUCUCACUAUUUCUCUGUGCUCAUUUUUCAUUUGACAAAAAGUGUGUGUGUGACUUUAUUUUCACUGUCUAUUAAUUCACAUCAUGGAUAAUAAGGUAACUUCAUCUCCGGCCGGUUCUUCAACCAAAUAUACUAUUGGUGAUUUGGUUUGGGCAAAGAUGAAAGGUUUCAGUCCGUGGCCUGGUAAGAUUGUUGACCCUUCUUUAGCCAAUAUGAGACGUUUACCGGGAAAUUUUCGUAACAAGCCAACCCAAUGUGUCUACUUUUUUGGCUCAAAUAAUUUCGCCUGGAUACCUGAAGAAGCAAUUAAACCAUAUAAAGAGUUUAAGGAACAAUAUUACAAAUUGAAUAAAAGUAAUACAUUCAAGGAGGCUGUUGAAGCCAUGGAGGAUUAUAUUAAAAAAGGUGGAACUGGUGAUAUUCCCAUGUUAUCUCCAAGUGACAAAAAAGAUGAAAAGAAAGAGGACAAGAAAGAGGACAAGAAAGACGAAAAAGACAAGAAGGAGGAUAAAAAAGAAGACAAGAAAGAUGACAAGAAGUCAGAUAAAAAAGAAGACAAGAAGGAAAGAAAAGAAAGAAGUUCAACGAGUGCCACUCCAUCAUCGUCUCAUCAACGAGAUUACAGUCGUACGCCAUUUAAAUCUAAGCCUAAAAAGUCUGCAACACCGAGUAAUAAUGCUGAGAAUGCAUCUACUUCUUCACCAGAUAAUGAUGAAGAGCCCGCUGGUCCACCUGCCAAGAGAAGCAAAGCCGCUCCAUCUGAAGACAUUUCUAGCACAUCUUCCCCAGCACCUAAAUCACCCAGUAAAAGUGCACGUAACAUUUUAGAUAGAACCUCAAACUACCUUCUUGAUAAUACAAAUACACUUAACAAUCAAAGCGAGUUAGAUAUUGGUACUGUUUCAGCUAAAUCUAAAAGUAUCAAAGCUUCAUCUCUUAAAUUUGGUUUCAUUGGUCUUGGUUUUAUGGGUCAACGACUCUUGAAAAAUCUUCUUAACUCUGGACAUUCAGUUACCGUUUGGAAUAGGACUCCAAGUAAAUGUAAAGAUUUUAUUAAAGCAGGAGCAACUAAAGCAACCACCCCAGCUGAUGUUGUUGCUGCAUCUGAUGUGACUUUCUCAUGUUUAGCUGAUCCUCAUGCUGUCAAAGAGAUAGUUUUUGGUAAUUGCGGUGUUCUUGCUGAAAUGAAAUCGGGUAAAGGUUAUGUAGAAAUGACAUCAAUAGGACCUGAUACCAGUAACGAUGUUAAUGAGGCUAUUAUAGCACGAGGUGGUCGCUACCUAGAGGCUCAUCUAAUUUCUGGAGGUAAACAACAAGCCGAAGAAGGAAAUCUUACCGUUAUCGUCGCCGGAGAAAGGUCUUUAUUCGAUGAUUGUGGCUCCUGUUUCCAAGCCAUAAGUAAGCAUUCCUUCUACUUGGGUAAUCAAGUAGGCGAUGCUUCAAAAAUGGGACUUUUGGUCUCUAUGCUUAUGGGUAAUCUUAUCGGGUCUCUAGCAGAGAGCAUGGCUCUAGCUGAUAGAACUGGAUUAUCUCAGAAAGAUUUAUUGGAAAUUCUUUCACUUUCACCACUCAAUUGUCAUACAUUGAUAUCUAAGGGUAAAGGAAUGAUUGAAGGCGGUUUUGCAACGGAAAUGCCAUUGACACACAUGCAAAAAGAUCUCAGACUAGCCUUGCAGUUGGGUGAAGCAUAUGAACAUCCCUUACCCAUAACCGCAUCAACUAACGAGGUCUUAAAGCAUGCUAAGCACUUGGGUUAUAGUGACCACGAUGUUGCCGCUGUUUAUAUCAGAAUGUCUGGUGAAGAUUUAGCUGCUAAUUUACGUAAUUAUUUGAUCCAAUUACAACAAGCUGAAGCUGCUUUGGCUGGAGAUCCUGAAAAUGAAGAGCUACUCAAAUUAAAAUGCGAUUUAGAGGAAGUCAUAAUGUUGACUAAAAAUCUCAUGGCUGCUGAAGGAGCUCUCGAAGAAGAAGCUGAGACUGAUGUUUUGCCGCAGAAUUUAGAGACAAAACAUAAUUUCGAAUCUGGAGAUAUUGUAAUGGCUCCCUGGUCAACGGAUGGACAAUUCUAUGAAGCUGAAAUAGAAGACAUCAUGAGCGAUGGUCAGUGUAAUGUAAUAUUUUCUAGUCUACCAAAUGGAAAGACUAAAGUAUCCGAAGUAUGUUUAGUCACAUUACUUAAACCAGUCCAAGGAAGUAAAAAGAAAAUGAAAAUCGAUACAACAGGAUUUGGAACAAUUUCUCGUGGACCAAAAGGCCUCAGGUCUGAUGAUGCGUCUUCAUCUUCUCAGUUAAAUUCUAAACAAAAACGUAUGCAAAUCCAACAGCAUAGAGAUUAUUUGAAGAAGAAACAACAAAAGAAGCAAAAUCGUAUCAAAGAAUUGGAAGAAGAACGAGAAAAAGAGAAGAGUAAAUGGCAACAAUUCAAUCAAAAGGCCAUGAAUAAGCAUCUGAAAGGUGCGAGCUCUUUAGCUAAGAAAAAGAGUAUCUUCAAGUCCCCUGAUACUGUCGAGGGUAAAGUCGGGGUCGGAACUUGUGGAAUCGCCGGUAAACCAAUGACCAAUUUCGUGGUGGCCGAUAAAUAUAAACGAGGUACUUCAGCCGCCUCAUCAUCUUCAUCCACACCUUCAUCUCUUACACCAAGAUAUCCAAACCUUCACUCGACUGUUCAUCAACACAAGUACAAAUAAUUACGAUAAUCAUCAUCUUCAUCUCUCUUUAUCUACAAUUAAUCACAUUUUCAUCUAAUCAAAGGCCAUAUAUUGAUGAGAUUACAAGAGACAACAUGGCAAAUAUUGAUACAACUGUGAACAUUUUGUUUCUCAAUUCGUCUAUUUUUUGUCAUUGAAUAAUUAUCUAGAUCAAUUAACGUUUAACUGAUUCGAUUGUAAAGAAAAUUAAUCAUAUUCUCUUUUGUAUUGUAAAUGUUGGUAGAUUUUCAUCAAAGAAAAAACUAAAUUUUGACGCAAUUCAA